GCUAGAAGUGAACACAUCGUUAGUAAAGAAACAUAUAGAUAAGGCAGAGAGAAAGAUUAGCACCAAUUUGGGACAUCUCAGAAUAAAACCAAAUUAUAUCAGAGCUGGGGAAGAAUAUUGGAAAGCUGCCCAACUGCUUCCCUCUACAGCUACCACAAAGGAGUAUAUUCAACUCAUCAACCAAUCAGCAGAAUGUUUCUCAAUGGGAAAGGACUUCUUGAGAGCGGGAAAGGUAAUGGAGACAGGGCUAAGGAAGAUAACAGCUGACUCUGAACGGUUUGAUCAUGCGCAGAUCACAAGUAUGGUUCAGUUCGCUGAACUAUGUUUUUUCAAAUGUGGUAUGUUGGAUAUCUCGGCUGAUCUUCUGUAUUUAUGUGCAGAGUAUUUAAUCAAAAACAACAUUGGGGUAUCACAGGGUAUACUACUGAUAAAGGAAGCUGUAACACUGCUAGAAACUGAAAGACGACCCUAUCAAGCUGUUAUGACAGUGUACAAAGCAAUUAAGCUUAUCUUAGACUCCCAGGACGUUGAAACAGAGUUAAAUCAGCUGAUUAAAACCGGUCUUAAUCUUGCUCUCAACAUUCAUCAUGAGAAAUUUAUUUUUAUAUUUUCCUUUCUUUUGCUGGUUCUUCAGAAGAACUUAGAUGAUUUUAAUGCAAGCCAAGUUCCAGACGAAGAUGAAGGACUAAUAAACACAACUAAACUGUUUCUUGAAGACUGCUCGAACCAAUCCCUGUUAAACUCCGUGCAUCAGCAUCCACAAUUUCAGGGGUUAGACCUGGAAUUGAAAACCUUCUUUCAAAAUCUCUAUCCUGGGGAUGGUCUUGCAAAGAUCACAGACACCAAUGACUUACUGAAAUCCCCCGCAGAGUUUAAGGAUUCUGAAAAUGAAAACCAUACCUCAAAAGUUUUUUCGCCAACAACAGGUUCAAGAAUACGGACGGCAUCAGGCCAGUUUGGAAAAUCAAAGCAAAUGGGUAAACUUACUGCUAUCGCAGCUGUAGCGGCAUCCAGUGCUGCAAUAACAUCUGGUAUUGCUGGUGUUGAAAGCUAUAAAGGCAGCAGAGGAUAUUCAAGAAAACCUGGAAAGGAAGAUUUAAAAUCAAGUGUGUUUACAGAUAUCAACGGAGUGCAUGUGGUUCAUCCCGAAGCUGUUGGAAUGACUAAUUCACAGUUCCGAGAGGCACAGAGACAGUCAAGUCAAUUUGAUGAUUUAGGAUUUGAUUCAAUUCUUCAAGAUUGAUUUAAUCAGUUUGGAAUUCAAUAAAUACACAUUUUUUAUCUGCAAAA